CAUAGUUUCGCCCCCUGUCUAUCCGCUGCCCCUAUUGAUGGAUGCCUAAUGCUCCAUGGAGCCGUGACGCCAUCCUCCGCCAUCCCCUGCCCUCUCGUGCCCGCCAUCUCGCCGCUGGGCCACCCCAUCCCCCGCUCUCCGCUCUAAAGGCUCAGCCGCUCUCUGCAGCCUACCUGCCAUGAACGCCCUCCUGCUGCUGCUGUUGCUCCUCUGGCGCAUCCGCUCCGAGCUGGCCGUCUUGGCCACAAUGGCUGCGUUCGUGAUCUAUGUGCGGACCCAACGGCGCCGCCGGAUGGCCAGGGGUAGUGCAAAGGACACUGUGAAGUCUGCCGAGACCACCCCCACCAGUUCCCUCAGCCCCCCACGGAACGCCGGGAGUCCACAGUCGAGCACGCCCCGAGAUAACGUAAGUCAAAAGGGGGAGGGGCACCCUCUGUGUGGUGUGGAUGGUUCCGAUGGUUUGUGUGGUUUGUGUGGUUGCAGACCAUUCCUCGUGAUCCGCCGUCUUUGUCGACGCGCCAGCCGUCCACGCCGAGUCGUUCGGUGUACGGCGAGGUGGCGGACAUUGAGAUCAACUCACAACACCGGCUGGCUGACCUGCUCGAUCAGCCCCGGCGACUCGCACUCGUGCUGCUCCGUAAGCAGAAAACGGCCAGCCGCCUCCCUCGUCGGUCGCAUCUGCAUGCACCCACCCCGUUGUGCUGUCUGGUUUGUGCGUCGUCAGGUUUGUGUGCCGAGCGUCACCUGCUGGCCCUCGAUAUCUACGAUGAGCUGGUACGUGUGGGCUAUCCCUUCGUCAUGCCCUCAACCACACCCUCAGCCACCCCAACUCCCACCCUCAGCAGCAGCACCAGCGAGAGCACCGACGUGACGGCCGUCACCCCUCAGCCCCAGCCCCAGCCCCACCCGCCCAACACGGCCAAGAACUGCGAGGGGUGGGGCUGGGAGGAGGUGUUCACAAGCAUCGUGCAGCUGUGCAUCCACACCAGCCAGUUCGCCAAGGCGGCUGGGGUGCUGGAGCGGUUCCGGGCUGACCCGUCGCUGCGUCCCACGCUGCACUUCUACGCGUCCAUCAUGAACGCAUAUGCGGCCAAACAGAGAUAUGAACAGGUGACAUGACAAGUGGGGGAGGGGGAGAGGUGCAGAGACGUGUGUGGGGGGGGAUUUCUUCUGUGUGUGUGUGUGUAUGUGUGGGUUGUCAGGCUGUCGGUUUGUAUGAGUUUGUGUUGGCGGAUGGGCUGCAGCCCGACACCGUCAUGUUGUCGUGCCUAAUCAACCUCGCUGGUACACAGACAGACAUGCUCACCUACACACAUCCACACAUCUUCUUACCCACACAUCCCACCCUCCUUGCCAUAUUACACGUGUGUGUGUGUGUGUGUGUGUGCAGCCGAUUUGAGUUGGAACGAGAAGGCCAUCUUCUUCUUCGAACGACUAAAGGAAAUCGGGACGCCAUCCGUCAAGUAAAUGGCACCUGAAUGUGUCUCCCUGCCUCCUAAUCUUUCGUGUGGUGUGUGUGUGGUGUGCAGGGCGUACAUGACGUUGGUCCGCAUCUACGGCCGCAUAGGCGACUACCAGGCAGCCAUGGAUACCCUCAACGUACCACACACACAGACACACACACAUGUCGCCAUACUUGGACGUCUGCCAUGCGUCGUGUGCUGCUUUGCAAACUGCCCCCCUCCCCUCCCCUCAUCCACCCCACACACACGUACAGGCGAUGGUAGCAUCUGGCGUGGAGCCCGACACGCUGCUCAUCAACCAGGUGUUGCUGGGCUGUGUCAACGGCGGGCGAGUCGAUAUCGCAGAAGACAUCAUCCAAGGCACUCUCAUACACUCACGACGUACGCCAGACAGACAGGGAGGGAGGGAGGGAGGGAGACCGCACAGACAGAGACGCGAUGAGAUGUGGCUGGCCGUCCGCGCCUGUGUGUGUGUGUGCAGGCGAGUUGCUGGACAUUGUGUCGGUGAACACGUUGCUCAAGGGCUACACGCACGCAAACCUGUUUGAUAAGGCCAUGGAAGCGUUCAACGUACGUAUGAGGGUGGGGCCCCGAUGGAUGUGCGGACAGACGCGACCCCUUGCCCCUUUCGUGCUGUGCCUGUGCAGUGUUUGCUGGGCGGCGAGUUGCAGCUGGCCCCCAACGACAUAAGCUUCAACACACUGAUCGACGCGGCCAUUCGCACACAGGCAACCACUCACACACACAGAGAGAGAAUGCGCCAGCACACAAACCACCGAGAUACCACAGUUCCCUCUCCUGCCUUUCCCGCAGCGACAGGACAGUGCGUGGGAGUUGCUCUCGAUGAUGGAGGCCGCGGGCGUGCAGCCCGACUUCUGCACCGUCUCCACCCUCAUCAAGGGCAUCGUCAACCUCCCUCCCGUCCCCCUCCCAUCCGCCCACGCGCCAUUCGGCUUCCAGGGAUCCAUGAGACAGCACCCCGACACAGAGGCCGCGCUGCUGCACCGGCAGAGGCACAUCGACCGCGUGUUGCUGCUGCUGGCCAAGCUGUCGGCUCGCGAGCCGCCUGUGUCGUUCGUGGCGGACGGCAAACGCACGGCGGGCAAGUUCCGGGAGGUGAGGGAGAAUCCACUCCAUUGUGGGGGUGCCGAUUUGGGCGCGGGCAUCAUGCGUCUGCCUCGUGUUUGUGUGGUUGUCGUCCGUCUCUAGGCGGUGUUUGACAGUAUGUUAGACGCGUGUGUGGCCAUGCGGGACCUGGACACACUGCAGCGGGUAGCCAACAGACCAACAGGGGUGGGGGAGGAGACGGGCAAGGUACAUUGUAUCUGUGUUGUUCUGCAGACGUUCAAGUUGAUGAAGGCGAAUGGCGUGACGCCCUCUGCCGUCACAUACGGCACACUCAUCAAUGCCUUCGGACAGGUAAACACAACCCUGCCGCCCCCUACCCACACACACGUCGCCUCUCUCUCUCUGUGUGUGUGCGUGUGUGUGUAUCAGUGCGGUCAGUUGCCGGCGUGUUUCGAGUUGUGGGAUGAGAUGCAGCGCGACGGCCUCCAGCCGACCUCGGUGACCUACGGGUGCCUCAUCGACGCCUGCAUCAACCAGAACGACCUGCACACGGCACACCGCCUCUUCCAGGAGAUCCAGCAGCACCCGCCACCCCUGCACCAGCACCAGCAGCAGCAGCAGCAGCAGCAGACGGCGAGUGGUGGUGAGCAGGAGUGCGGGCGGCAGGGCAACACCAUGCUCUACACCACACUCAUCAAGGGAUUCGCCAAAAGCAGACAGGUCCACACACACACACUUCGAGAAAGAGAGCUCAUCUAUGCGUGUGUCACGUCUUGUGUCGUGACCUCUGUCUGUAUGUGUCUGUGUAUGCCAUCCAUCCAUUUAGACUGACCGUGCGAUGGAGGUGUAUGAGUCGAUGAAGAGGGAGGGGGUGCCGCGCAACUCGGUGACGUUCAACUCACUCCUCGACGCAUGCGCUCGGUAGGUACACAGGGGAGGGCCACACACAUCACAUCCGCAUACCAUGGCUGACAUCCAUCCAUCCACGGCUGCUGGUGUCUGUCUGGUCCUUUGGCCUUUCUGUGUGGCUGGCUGCAGGACUAACGACGGCCGGCUGAAUGACGUCCUGCAGGUAGCUGGACACCUAUCCCUCCCUCCAUCCAUCCAUCGAUGCUGAGGACCAUGGUGUGUCUCUCUCCUUGUUGCUCCACAGGACAUGGUGGCUUGUAAGAUCGAGCCCGACCUGAUCACCUACUCCAUCCUAAUCAAAGGCAACUGCGAAAACGGAAAGCUCGACCGGUACCUAACACAACACAACACACACACACACACGUGUUCCCGCUCGCCCUUACGUCUCUCCCUGUGUGUGUGUCUGUGUGUGAUGCCAUGCCAUCAAUCGGGUCCACAGUGCGGUUGAGUUGCUUUACAGUAUGAAGGCCAAGGGCUUCGUGCCCGACGAGAUUGUGUACAACUCGCUGCUCAAGGGCUGCUCACACGCGGGAGACGUGGCGCUCGCCGAGAAGCUGCUCGAGGACCUCGCCAGAGACGAAAUCAGACCCUCUAACGUCACAUUCUCAAUACUGGUGCGUGCGGACUCUGUGCUGUGUGGGGCGGGCAGGGCAGGGCAGGCGAGACACACAAAAAGGGUUGUGUGAUUUGUGAUAUGUGUGUGUGCAGGUGAAGAUGUAUGGCCGCCUGCGUCUCGUCGAGGAGGCCUUCCAGACCGUCCAGGAGGUGGGUACGCAAGAGUGGCACACAACACGCCCACCCCACAGCCUCUCUCCGUGGCCAAUCUCAUCUCAUCUCGUCUGGUGUGUAUGACCAUUGAGUGCCCAUCCAUCAGAUGAGGGAGGUGUAUCAGCUGCAGCCUGGUGUGUUCGUGUACACGACCCUCAUCCAGGCAUGCGUCAGAUCCACACACUUCAAGCGGGCCUUCGAGGUCUUCCAGGAGAUGCAGAUGACCGGCGUCGAACCUGAUGCAGUCACGUAAGCCACACACACACACACACACGCGCGUGUCUCAACUCGCAGGCAUACACCAGAGGUCCGUCUCUUGUGUGUGUCAGGUUGGGUGCUUUGUUGCUGGGGUGCGUCCAUGCCGGCCGUCUCGAAGUCGCUACUCAAAUCGUUCAAAUGUGCACAAAUCCCCCCCUCCCUCCCUUACACACACACCCAUCCAUUCAUCUCCUUUCUUUCUCAUGCGUAUGUAUGUAUGUCAGGGCGUACGGUCUCCGUUCCCACGUGGAGCUCCAGUCUGCCGGGUACGACCUCCCCCCUCUGCGUCUCAUCCCGCCCCCCCACAAGCCGGUGAUCCCCUGGCUGCCCCUGCAGCCCGAGGUCAUCAACAACAUCAUCGCCUCAUGCCAGCGCAACUGCAGACACGACCUGGCCGACGAGCUCGUCAAGGUCUGGCAGGAGCACGGCACACACACGGGGGACGACUGGCGCUGUGGGGCCAGGGGCGGCAGGGGUGGGGGCGGCAUAAAGCGCUACGGCGUACACAACCGCGUAUAACUAACGGGCAGGGGGGCAUAAUGACACCCCAAACACCACACCACACCCCAAGCAGCACAUGAAUGUGUGUGUAAGGAUCGAUCCUUCUUGGAGAGCGAGUGGUGCAUUGCAUGCAGGUAGGUAGCCUCUGCCGUGUUCGGAUGUCUCUGACUAAGGUAGAUAAGGUCGGAGGGGAGGGAGGGAGGGAGGGAGGGAGGGAGGGCGGGGCAACAAUCUCAACGGUCCAUUCUCUGUCGUCUGAUUUGCCAUGACGGGUGGGUGUGUUGUGAGCUGUGAGUGAGUGUGGGUAUGCAUAACGAGUGCAAGGCAAGGCAGUGCGUGUGUGUUGGUGCAUGAUCAUGAUGUAUGGCGGACACACACACACACACACAGAGUUUUGCUUUCUCUGCCCUUCCACCCAUCCACACACACCUGAUGGAGACUGCGUGUGCUGCAGUGCUGUGGUUUAUUGGCGUG